CGCGGCCAUAUUGAAAAUGUUAACUGCUUGAUGAGAGCUAAGAACAGAAACAACUUGUUGUAUACAUUUUAAUCGGCUGAUGCUACCAUGGACGAAUAUCUCACUGAUGGAUACAGUGAGCCAUGCGCUCAGUGCGCUGCUGUUGACUGGGGAGUUUCAAACGAGGGACAGUUCUUCUGCAAAAACUGUUACAAUGUGACCGAGAAAAUGAGAGAGGUGACGGACGAAUUCACCCUUUACAUAAAGAACAGCAGGAUCUCAAGGAUUGCAAAACCCAUGAAAACUGAAAAGAAAUGUGCACGAGAGUGGAUGGUCUGUGAGGGUUUUCAGGUCGUUCUGAAAUGCCAGGCUGAUGCUUUGGUUAGUCUUGGUGUUUGUUUGCAGUUUAAGACAGAAGUAUUGUGGAAUUUCUGGACGAGAUACCUACAGAACACCAGGCAAGCUUUCGUCAGCAACCCGAUUUCCACUGUGGAUCAAAACUCUGAGUCGGAGAGUGAGACAGAGUCUGUGGUCUGUUCUGAGUAUUCAUUUUGGAAUGGGGCUCCUUCAGAGGCAGGAGAGGUGAAAGACUCAGGCAGCUCCACUGGUGGACGGUCAGGCUCUUUGGAUGCUUUGUCAUACAGUCACAGGGUAGACAGGAAAACCUAUAAUGUUAUGACCAUGCCACGGACACUAGCCCUGUGCUAUCUGGCUCUGCUGUGGGUGCGAGAGGCCAUCACUCUGGCUGAUUUACUGAGGCUGGUGAAAGAGAGACAUGUUCCAUACUUAAACAUUCAUGACAAUUUUCCAGAAGAUAUGAAACUUUUUGGGAGAGAUUCUCUAAUCUUUCGAGUGGACUCCAUACCUUCAUACUCAACGGUCCACAAAGAAGCUGUAGAUCUGGCUCAGGUUAUGAAAUUGCCUGCCUUCCCAAUGGUCUCUCAAGAUUGCUUGCUCCACCCAAUUCCACUUACUGUCCGCUAUCUGCUGGAAUCCAACCUACCUGAUGGGCUUCUUGUUUGGGUCCACAAGGUUAUAGAUGAAGCUUCAAUGGGAGAUGACUCCUUCCUGACCUUUGACCCUGUCAAGCAGAAGCCUGCUCUCGUAUGCUAUGACAUUCAGGCAGCAGCUGUCAUUAUUGUCACCAUGAAGCUCCUUUUCAAGUUGGAUGAUCGGGUGGAGUGGACUUCAUCUGGGAAAGCAGCCAGUGAGAAGAAAAAGAAAGUGUUCAAUGUAGAAAGGUGGUAUAAAGUAAUGCAGCCUGCCUUUGAGCGAGCUCGACAGAAGAUGGAACGAGAAGAAGCCCGACAACUAUGGAAAUCCCACAAACCUUUCAUCACAUCUCUAAAAGACAAGAGUUUGGUUUUCAAAAAGAGACGUGUGGUUAAUCAUCUGCAGCACAGAUUUCAGAAGUUAACUGACUCCACUCCAGAACAACAGUGUUUCACCACAACCGCUUUCUCCAGCUUUCACUUCCACUGGGGAAAAGAACAGGGUUCAGACGGUCCCAGUUUGCAUCAACACCGGCUGCACUGUACCUUCAAGAAAAAAGGGGUCAAGAGGCUUACCAACCGAAAAUACUGGCAUACAGUUCUAAGUGUCUGCCCACCUACUUGUAGCAAUCAUUUCUCAGAAAUUGAGGCCAGCCUGCCCAGGAUGUACGUGUGGCUCCUUGAUCUCUUCUCAUUUCUGCUGGGGGUCAGUCAAGCACAAGUCCACAAAGAGGUCCUCAACGUAGAACGAUGCUUAAUGGAGAGAGAACUUCUGUCUGUGUCUAAAGAGACUCCUUCCCCCAAAAAACGGACAAAAAAACCUAGAAAAAUCUAAGGCAGUGGAAUUUUUUCUCAAAUAUACCUUUUUCACAAUUUGAUCUGUGGCAUGAUCUGUGAUAUGACCUUUGUAAGGUUUAAAUAAUGUAAAGUUUUGUUUUUAUUUGGAUAAUUACCAUGUCAGUGAACUGUACUGUAUUUAUUACCCAUUUAGGCCACACCCACACCAGGGGAAAACAAUGCAACCCUCUCCAUUUCUAUUGCGGGAAGCUGCCUCUUUAUUUCUGACUUAUAACCAGGUGUAAAGAGUACCUGAAAACCAUACUUAAGUAAAAGUACAUAUACCUUGCAGCGAAUAUUACGCCAUUACAAGUUACAAGUCUCCAUUCCAAAACGACUUCAGUAAAAGUCUUAGAGUAUCUGAUUUUGACAGUACUUGAGUAUUUUACUCGUACUGAAUGUAGGCUCAAAGCAGCACUAGUCGUCAACACUUAAGAGACAUGUCAGUGAAAAACAAGAAACAGUUGAUUUGUGAGGAGAGAAAUCGCAUUUAUUUUCUUAAAUCAUAAUAAGACUGAACACCUUAAAAUUGCAACAAAUCAUGGUCGACACCAUAACCCACGUCUAUUACAAACACCCAAGUCUCAUUUAAGCUCAAGUAAACCUUCAAAAAUGUCUCUUCAAUAUAACAGAUAAAUAAAAUAAUGUUAAGUCAAAUUAAAAAGUCAAAGCCUUAAUGCUGGUUUUGGCCUCAUCGCAAGCAGCAGUCAUGUUCUCAUUUCACAUAUAAACUGCCAGCGAUUGACAACUACCUGAUAAUGCACCCGUAUUCACAUAAAAAGCCAUGUUGACAAGUUUUAGUAAGUAAGUGCAAAAUCAACAAGAUAUAGUAGCUUCAAUGCCCUGUAAAUGGCAAUAUUAAUUAUUCUGUAGCAAAAAUAAACUGCUGCAAAAAAGAUUGGUGCCAUGCAAAAUGUAAUGUGUAAUUGCAUUAGUCAUUACAAAUGUAGUGGAGUAAAGAGUACAUAUGCUUGUUCAAAAAUGUAGUCAAGUAGAGAGUGAAAGUUGCUAAUGUCUUUAAUACUCAGUAGAACCAAGUAGCCAAAAAGAUACUUAAGUACAGUAACUAAUUACAUUUACUCCAAUACUUUACACCACAGCUUAUAACAAAAAACAGAACGAUGUCUAAAAGCUGCUGCGUGAUAAGGUGUACAGUAAAGCUAAAAAAAAACAGAACUAAGUUUUAUGAGCUACGGAACCAAAAGCCAGACUUUAAGGGGACAAUAGUGGAUACAUGCAAUAAGACGUGAAGCAUCAGCAGGAAGAAUCGGUAAAUUGUAGGAUCCUGACACACUCCGUAUGCCUAACGAUACGUGUGCACAGUAAACAGUUUGUCACUUGUGAAUCAAAUAUCCAAACGUCAGUUUUAUAUAUUAUGUUUCUGUAAGCUAAGCUCUAAACUGUAACGUUAGCAUUUUGACACUGUGCAACUUAUUAGAAUGUGGAUAAAGCAAAAAGCUACGCAGUAACGUUAUGUUUGCGAGUGCUAAUAUAAACAGCUUCUCCAACUACGACAAUAUGUCGCGCUCCACUUUUGUGUCCUUAAACGCUCGUUUUUUUGGGGUGGACAGCUUAUAAAAACGUAGUUCUGUUUUUUUUAGCUUGUUUACUGUACACCUUGUCACAGCAGUUUUAAACAUCGUUCAGUUUUUUGUUAUAAGUCAGAAAUGACAAGGAGGGUUGGAAUGUUUUCCCAACAGUGGGAGUGUUUUUUACACAAUGACGCGUUGCGCUCUGUCUCUAUUCAAUGCUUUAAGGUGAAACUGUUAAAUUUUCACCAUUGCUUGCUGGUGUGAAGCAUCAACCUAGCAAAAUCACAUUAAAGGGAAAAAA